CUUCCUGGACAGCUAUAGGCUCUCCCCUUUAGCUCAAUUAAUGAUGGCUCAGGUACUGCCAUCAUCUCCAUCUUAUAAAUGGGUAGGAGCAUAAAAUAUACUAGCUUGUGUCUUUGUUGGGAGGCUAAGCUGGGGAGAAAAAAAUGGCUUCAAACCCAGGUCCCUUGACGAACUGGCCAUGGCAAAAACUUGGAAACGUCAAGUACAUGGUUUUGUCGCCUUUCGUGGCAAAUAGUCUCUAUUCAAUCAUGAGCAAGGAGGAGCGAGAGAGGGACGUAACAAUCUUGUAUAUCUACCCAUUUUUUCUGUGGAGGAUGCUUCACAGUCAACUUUGGAUAAGCUUUGCUCGUUACCAGACUUCCAAAACCAACCAUAGGAUCGUGGUGGAUAAGGGCAUUGAAUUUGAACAAGUCGAUAGAGAGAGAAACUGGGAUGACCAUAUUAUUCUGAGUGGCAUUAUAGGCUACAUUGCGGUUAUGUAUCUUCCCUGGGCUGCAAGAAUGCCAAUGUGGAGAUGGGAUGGUCUGGUUCUUACCAUUCUUCUCCAUACGGGUCCAGUAGAGUUCCUCUAUUAUUGGUUUCACAGAGCAUUACAUCAUCAUUUCCUUUAUUCUCGAUACCAUUCUCACCAUCACUUAUCAAUAGUUACGGAGCCCAUCACCUCUGUGACUCAUCCAUUUGGAGAAAUUAUCGUUUAUUAUAUGUUGUUCUCUAUACCGAUUCUGGCCAUGUUUUGCACUGGAACUGCUUCUGUGAGUGGAAUCGUGGGGUAUAUAACUUAUAUUGAUUUUAUGAAUUAUAUGGGACACUGCAACUUCGAGCUCGUUCCAAAGUGGGUCUUCAACAACUUCCCAAUCCUCAAGUACUUUAUGUAUACUCCAUCGUUCCAUUCUCUUCAUCAUACGAAAUUCCGGACAAACUACUCUCUCUUCAUGCCUCUCUAUGAUUACAUAUAUGGAACCAUGGACAUGUCAUCAGACAAAUUGUAUGAAACUUCACUGAAGGGAAGGAAAGAGACUCCAGAUGUGGUUCACCUGACGCACCAAACUACGCUGCAGUCCUUCUACCAUCUUCCCCCAGCCAUUGCCUCUCUUGCGUCAAAGCCAUACUCUCCCAAUUGGUAUAUGUGGAUGUUGUGGCCAAUUCCAUAUGGAUUCAUGUUUCUUACCUGGGUCUUUGGUUCCACCUUUACUGUGGAAAGGAAUGUGUUUGAUAAACUCAGGAUGCAAACAUGGGUAAUCCCAAGAUUUAGCUUUCAUUAUUCCUCAUCAAGGCAAAAAGAUGCCAUUAAUGGCUUGAUUGAGAAAGCUAUUUUGGAGGCUGAAAGUGAAGGUGUUAAGGUGAUGAGUUUAGGUCUUCUAAAUCAGGGAGAGAUAUUCAAUGGAAAUGGUGAGCUUUAUCUCCAGAAACACCCAAAGCUUAAGAUAAGAAUUGUAGAUGGAAGUAGCUUAGCUGUUGCUGUCAUACUUCAUAGCAUCCCCCAAGAAGCAAAACAAGUGCUGCUAAUAGGAAAUCUCUCUAAAGUUUCUUGUGCUGUUUCCAAAGAUUUAUGCCGAAGAGGCAUUCAGGUAGCUGUGGCAUGCAAGAAUGAUUUUUAUAAGCUUAAGUUACAACUCCCAACAGAGUUGUGCAGUAACUUGAUCUUCUCUACCAGUCACACACACAAGUUUUGGCUGGUGGGAGAUGGAGGAGUACAAAGGGAUGAGGCACAAAGAAGAGCACUAGAAGGGACCCAUUUCAUUCCAUGCUCGCAGUUUCCUCUAGCAAAGGCGCGCAAGGAUUGUAUUUACUAUAGUACUUCAGCCAUGAUCAUACCCAAGGCUCUCCAAAACGUAUACUCUUGUGAGAAUUGGCUACCAAGGCGAGUGAUGAGUGCGUGGCGUGUUGCUGCAAUUGUGCAUGCCUUGGAAGGAUGGGAUGCACACGAGUGUGGGGACUCCAUGCUUGACGUGGAGAAAGUCUGGCUGGCUAGCCUUCGCCAUGGAUUCCUUCCCAUGGUCGCCCCUUGAUCUACUAAGUAUAAAAUAUAAAUAAAGAGAGCCAGCUCCUAAAUAAAGGCAGUCCAAACCGGUAGACUUGGCUCAGACUAUUGGGUUGUUAAUGGAUAUUUUCUUUUAUUGGCUAUGUGUGAGUGUGUGUGUGUGUGCAUGUUUUUUUAAUAGACUUUGUCGCUGUGUUGAUUGUAUUUUGACAUAAGAGUGUACUAAGGUGUGUAAAGAGAUUAUCGAGAUUUUAAAAGUGGUGAGAAUGAAAAAAUUCAAUGUCAUAAAGAAGAUAUUGGUAAA